AUGCAAGAACACUAUUUAAGGGAACUACAGAAUAUAUUACGGGAGUUAUCUGAGCAACCAAUUGAGCAGAUUGAAUACAGCAGUAAGGAAGUUGAGGAGAUCAAGGCAGAGAACAGGUUGUUGAAGAAGCAGGUAGCUGAGAAUGAUGCUGUCAAAAAUGAAGUUGAGAGACUGAGAGACGAAAAUGAGUGGCUUGAGAAGGAAGCAGAGCGAAUUGGACGCAGUGAGAAGAGGCUGAGGAACGAGAUCCUCGACCUAAAGGGAAACUGUCGAGUUUAUUGCAGAAUACACCCAGAAUCAGGAACCAAAAUGUGCUACAGUGACACACAGGUUCAAUUGGAAAACAAGGCGUUUAAAAUGGACAGGGUCUUUGGCCCAGGCGCCACUCAAAGUGAGGUCUACAGCGAGUUUGAUCUCUUUAUUGAGAACGUAAUGGAUGGAUUCAGCCUAUGCAUAUUCGCAUAUGGACAAACUGGGAGUGGUAAGACGCAUACGAUGCUUGGAAAUGGAGAUGGCCUGAUUUACAAGAGUAUUCAGAAGAUAAAGCGUAGUCUGGGGAAGCAAGAGGCAACAUGCAUUGCUUCGUACGUAGAAGUCUACAACGAGAAGAUAAAUGACCUAUUUGGAGGCAAGGCGGAAUACAGAAUUGAUGAAUUGGAUCAGCUGAUUCUGAGAAUGCAGGAGGCUGGGCUAAAAAGGGCAACAGCCAGGACAGGUUGCAAUGAGACGUCAAGCAGGUCACAUGCGCUGUUUGUGUUGGAGAUUGAGAUGCAGAAGGAGAAUGAGAUCGUUCGUGGUGCACUGUGCCUAGUGGAUUUGGCUGGAUCUGAACGAAUUUCCCAAAGUGGAGUCAGAGACAAGCGCCUUAAGGAAACCCAAUGCAUAAACAGCAGUUUGAGUUCACUUGGAAACGUGUUUGCUGCAAUAAAAAGAAAGGAGAGCCACGUUCCAUUCAGGGACUCCAUGCUGACUCGCGUGAUGCAGCCGCAUCUUUCUGAGAACUCCAGGGUCGUGAUGGUUGUGAAUGUGAAUGGAUCGUGUGAGAAUGAGACACUUUGUACGCUUAGAUUCGCUACGAAGGUGAGCGAGUGUGAAAUGGGCGUAGCCAAAAGAAGUGCUCUUCGAAAGUGUUAG